UCUCCCUCCUCAUACCAAAACAAAACCCGAAACGUGAAAAAAGACGAAAAAGCCCCUCUCUCUUCUCCCUCUGCUCUGCUCUGUCGGAAUGGAGAUGGAGCCGAGGACGCCGGAGGUGGCGAAGAAGAUGUGGAGCGUCGUGCGGGCGGUGGCGUACGCGAUGCGGAAGGGCCUCUUCUCCAAGAGCAAGCUGAUGGUCGACCUCCACGUCCUGCUCAACCGCGGCAAGAUCGCCGGCAAGGCCAUCGGCGACCUCAUGCUCCAGCACUACUCCGCCUUCACCUGCCGCUCCGACGACGACGUCGCCUGCCUCUCCGCCUCCUCCUACGCCCCCCGCGAGUACGAGUUCAGCUGCAGCAACACCCCCGCCAACAACCCCUUCUUCCCCAGGCGCGGCGGCGGCGGCCGGCACCAGCACCAGCACCGCGCCGGCGGCCGGCGACGCCGCCUCGCGCCGCGCUACAACGACGCGGUGGCCAUCGGCGCCGUCCAGAAGGUGCUCGAGAUGCUGAACAGCGCCGACGUCGUGGAGGCGUCGCCCAUGCUGCUGCCCGGGUUCGGGAAGAGCCCCGCGGUGCGGCAGCUGCGGAUCACGGACUCGCCGUUCCCGCUCAAGGACGACGACGGGGACGGCGGCGAGGUCGACGCGGCGGCGGAGGAGUUCAUCCGGAGGUUCUACAAGGACCUCAACCUGCAGAAAAACAUGGCCCCCGUGGACUCCCCGUAUCAUUAUGGCGUGUGGGUUUGAACGAUAGCGACGGUCGACGUUUUCGGACACGGUGUAGUUUUUCUUCCUCGUGGUCGUGGAUCUCGAGGAAUGUCUUUCAUGCGGGUCGCCAUCGCCGGAGGGGAAGUCGUAAGCAUAAAUUCGGAUGCAUUUUGCAAACCCUGAUGUGGCGAAUGCUAUAAUAUGUGAAGAUCGGAUUACCAAAUCGGUUUACGACGGGACAAAACGCGACCGGAGCUGCUGCCGGGCGUAGAAAACGACCGUUCGGAUGUCGGCUCACGGCUUGCAUGGCCUCUUCGUAAACCUAGUUGGUAAAUUAAUCUUCGUAUUGUUUAGCGUUAGUCGAGUCGGAAAAACACUUCCGGACGGUGGCGGCGAGGAUGCUUUGGUCAUGUAAAAGAACUCGGGCUACAACGUGGAGCUCUAGCACUCUCUAAAUGCAACAAGCUAGGAGGAGUUGGUUUUUUUCUUUCUAGGGUUUUCUUUAUUUUUCCGUCUUUUAGUUCUACGGUCAUUUUCUUUGACAAUUCCUCUCUUGUUGCCUACUUUCGAUAAUAAAAGGGGGAAAAAAAGAGAGGAACCAAAGAGAUAUGGUCUCGAAUCCUAGUCUUAUUUCCAUCUAACGAUGCCGGCAAUGUCCGGUCCGAUC